AUGGGUAGUUACGAACGUGAGCAAGCAGCAUUACAGAAGCUGUGGGAAGAGUGUAUGUCCGAUGAUGAGAGUAAUAUAAGUGAAGUUGGGGACGUAUAUUUAUCAGAUGAAUAUAAACCUAAGUCAGACGAAGAGACAUCCAGUGACAACGAUAUUUUAGUGGAGCGUGCAAAGAGACGUAAAACUUCAAUCAAAGACUUGGGAGACAAUGCAGCAGGUCCAUAUACUGCAGAGCACAAUAUAAGCGUGGAUGCGGAAGACACGGUAAUCAUAAAGACAUCUUUAUUUAGUAGUAUGCACGUCUUCCCUGAACAAAUUAGUAAAUAA